UAGCCGAACAGUCAGCAUUCUUUCUUCGCUGAAGCCGGCAGCCUCCACAGCUAAGCCGUCGUGUUUCACCUACAUUUAAAAAAAGCCUUCGAGGUUUCUACACGACAUUCGUUCUUUCUAUUUUCCUUUAUUUUUUAUUUCUUUGUCGUCGAGACAACCACUAAGCUGACGUUCCUUUUGUAAAGGUCGCUUUUCCUGCCCUACCCCUGAAACUUAUUCUUUUCAGAUAUUAUUAGUCCAGCCGCCAAAGUGGAGAGUGUCGUCGCACAAGGGGGUCCUUCUCGUUUCAGUGUAGGGGGAGGAGGUGGGGGUGCACCUCAGCACUAUCCCAAGACUGUCGGCAACAGCGAGUUCCUGGGGAAAACCCCAGGUCCUGGCGUUCAGAGAUGGGUACCUUCUCGAAGCACUAGACGAGAGGCGAGCUCCCUCAUUGAGAAAGGGCAAAAUGAUUCUAUCUUCAGAAAAGUGAGAGGCAUCCUCAACAAGCUCACUCCUGAGAAAUUUGACAAACUAUGCCUGGAGCUCCUCAACGUGGGUUUAGAUUCUAAAGUUGUCCUAAAAGGAAUCAUCCUUUUGAUUGUCGACAAAGCCCUUGAAGAGCCCAAGUACAGCCAGUUGUACGCUCAACUAUGUCAACGCUUGGCAGAGGAUGCCCCAAACUUUGAAGGCCCAUCAACAGAAAAUCAGUCAACACAAAAGCCAACUACUACCUUCAAAAGGCUUUUGAUUUCUAAGCUUCAGGAUGAGUUUGAGAACCGUUCCAAAAAUGUCGAAAUCUUUGAGAAAAAUGACAGCCCACUCACACCUGAGGAGGAAGAGCAGCGUGCUAUUGCAAAGAUCAAGAUGCUGGGCAACAUCAAAUUCAUUGGGGAACUUGGAAAACUCAGCCUCAUCCACGAAUCUAUCCUUCAUAAGUGCAUCAAAACACUGCUGGAUAAAAAGAAGAGCGUCCAGCUUAAGGAUAUCGGUGAAGAUCUGGAAUGCCUCUGUCAGAUAAUGAGAACCAUCGGGCCUAAACUUGAUCAUGAAAGGGCUAGGUCCUUGAUGAAUCAAUACUUUGGCCGUAUGAAGUCCUUAACAGUCAACAUGGAACUGCCAGCGAGGAUUCGAUUCCUGCUGCAGAACACAGUGGAGCUACGAGAAAACAACUGGGCGCCUCGCAAAGCUCAAGUGGACAACGGACCAAAGACCAUCAAUCAAAUCCGUCAGGAUGCAGUGAAGGAUUUGGGAGUUUUUAUUCCGCAAUCAAAUGAUGGAAUGAGGCAUGAAUUCUUCAUGGAGAACCCCUCUUUCCUGACGACAAAGAUUAAGUUUGACAGAGAAACUCUUGGUGGAUUGGCUGAUAUGUUUGGACAAAUGCCUGGGUGUGGCAUAGGUACAGGUCCAGGAGUCAUUCAAGACCACUACUCCCCCACCAUGGGACGUCAUCGCACUAACCCCCACUACAACGGUCACACUGUGAACGGUAAUGGUGCACAUCAACCUCAGUUUGAAGCAGGAAGCAAGCCGUAUAUCAAACCAAACCAGGGGCAGAACUCUCCAGUUUUCAGUCACAAACAGAAUCACGCAGUGCAGAUGCAAAUGCAGAUGCAGACCAAGGAUAUGGCUCCACGAUUCAACAAGAAAGGGAAGGUCAAUGCUGAUGAGAUCAGUCUGAGACCAGCACAGUCUUUCAUUUUGAGUAAGAAACAAGGGCCGAAGCUGCAGCCACAGAUGACCAUGAUUCCUCCAAGUGCCCAAGGUUCCCCACUAGGACAGUCUCCACAGCUUGGCCUGAAAAUCAAUCCUCCACCUAUUCAGGAAAAACCUGCCAAGUCAAACAAAAAGGCUCCUCCCACCAAGGAAGAGCUGCGCAAAAUGACAAAGACAGUGGUCGCAGAUUACCUGAACAACAAGAACAUCGACGAGGCAGUGAACGCCGUGAGAGAGAUGAAGGCCCCAAAACACUUCUCGUCUGAGAUGCUGAACAAGAUGGUGGUCUAUUCCCUUGAUCGCUCAGAUGAAGAUAAGGAGGAAACAAGCACCCUGAUCCACACACUCUGCACAGAAGGCCUUGUCAGUAGUGAAAACCUCAUGCAGGCCUAUUUGAGUGUUCUGGACCUGUGCCCGAAGAUUGAGGAGGAAGUCCCUCUGGUGAAGUCCUACCUGGCCCAGUUUGCAGCACGUGCGGUUGUCGCAGACCUGGUCAGCAUUUCAGAUUUGGCCCACCAGCUAGAGAACGGCACACAUUUCCCGCUGUUCCUGCUCUGCCUGCAGCAAAUGGUCAAACUGAAGGACCGCGAGUGGCUGACUGACCUGUUCCAGCAGAGCACGGUCAACAUGCAGAAGAUGCUCCCUGAAAUCGACCAGAACAAAGACAGGAUGCUGGAGAUUCUGGAGGGCAAAGGUCUCAGCUUUUUGUUCCCACUCAUGAAACUGGAAAAAGAGCUGCUGAAGCAGAUUAAAGUUGAUCCCUCUCCACAGUCCAUAUACAAGUGGAUUAAAGACAACAUCUCUCCUAAACUGCACACUGACAAAGGCUUUGUCAACAUCCUUAUGACCAGCUUCUUGCAGUAUAUUGCCUAUGAGAUCAACCCUGACGAUGACGAGGAGCAGCUUGCAGCACCCAGCAAAGAGCAGCUGGACGACGAGAAGAAGCUGCUGCUGUCUUUCAAGCCAGUGAUGCAGAAGUUCCUCCAUGAACACAUCAACCUGCAAGUGGGUGGGCUGUAUGCCCUGCAGGUCCACUGCAAUGCAAAGGGUUUCCCUAAAGGCAUGUUGCUGCGCUACUUUGUCCACUUCUAUGACAUGGAAAUAAUUGAAGAAGAAGCCUUCCUUUCAUGGAAAGAAGAUGUCACCCAGGAGUAUCCAGGGAAGGGAAAAGCAUUAUUUCAGGUGAACCAGUGGCUGACCUGGCUGGAGACGGCAGAGGAGGAGGAGUCAGAUGGUGAAGAUUACUAAGGGACAGGCCCAAGCCAUGUGUUAUCAGGAUGCAAUGAUUCUUUUCUUCUCCUUUUUUUUUUUUUUUUUACUUGUGAUUUUUUUCUUUGUGUCCCUUUGCCUUCCAAUGUCCUAAAAAAAAAUACUCCCUUGCUUUCUUGUUUAUGAAUAUUUUUCAACCACUGUUACAAUUCAUUCCUAUUUGAAAGGUUUUGCCAAAUCAAGCCAGCAUCACCAUCCUAUUAUUUAUGCUUUACUUUCUAAUUCUCAAUCCUAUUUGAUGUCACACAGCAGGUGUUUUAUACAUUUCAAUCAUAUUGGGUUUUGUUUUCUUAGACAGUAGGCAGUAUUGUGCAGGAAACUGUACCAGCACGGAAACUUGACCCAUUGUGUCACCUUUUACAUCUGGUAGGAGUCACCAAGUGCUGCCAUUAACUUAAAAACUGUUUACAAAAAGAGAAAAGGCUCUAAAGUAUUGCAAAGAGCCUCGUCUCUGAUUUUUAUCAGCAUUUGUUUAUCAGUUUUUAGAUGCACUUUGCUCUACAUCAUGAGUCGUUGCAAUAGUAAGACACUCUUUCCUUGAUUUGUUGAAACAAUCUUUAAGUUGCGGUUUUCUUGCCCAUGAAAGCAGACCACCAUGUUGUUUGAACCUUCAUAACAACCUUGAUAUGAUGUCUAACAAUAAUGGCCUGUUUUUGAUUGCAGUGUGGUUUCAGUUACCUGCAUUGAGUUAAAUGAAUCAAGAGCUUUUUUAUGUAGAAACUUUUGUGCUGUUAGGAUUGAAUCUGUGUGGCCUUUUUUUAAUUUAUCAAUUCAUAUGGAUAUACCUCUAACGUAUCUCGGACUAUACUUGAAUGUCUCGAUUUUAACUUGGAGACAGCCAAAGCUUAGUUUCCUGUGCUACAGUUAUUCACCACUACAUGUGGAGAUUUUAUGUCUGUUUGCCAUAUUUGUCAAGUUUUUAAAUGGUCUUUUAUUAUCCUCAUGAAAUUAUACAAAAAGUAUGCGCUGUAUGUGUACACCUUCACCUUCUCUUGGAGUGUCACUGUUAUGUUUAAGUGCAGCAAGUCCAGUGUACAACUACAGAGCAACCUCGAAUAAAGUUUAACGGUUUA